GCUCACGGUGUUAGUGACAGUAUUUUUAAUAGUAGAUGAAUACUCCACUGUUCGAUUCAUCUGAUGAUCGACCUAUCCCUCAAGUAUUUUUUCCUUGUUAGGAUAGAGCUAUAACCCUAUUCAUUAAGAUAUCACUUUUGACAUAAUCACAACCGAGUAUAUUACUUUCAUAUACACAUCUAUGUAUAACUAUUUGUUCCACACCUUACGUGCUAUACUAUUACUGUUAAUUGUUCAACUUACACUCAUGUUCAUGUGCAUUGAUAUCCUGUUUUGUUUUCUUGCACUCGAUCCUGCAAGGAGUGAAUGUUAUUCCUUUCAAAGUGAUGAUGGCUCCACCCCCACCACUCCCGGGCCAAGGUUCAGUGCAAAACAACAAAGAGAGGCAGAAUUUCAUCAAUAGUAGGAAAAUGGAGCCAUUAAAGCCCAGAGGAGAACAUGAGGAUGAAGAAGAAGAGGUUAGCACAAAAAAGGAUUGGAAAUUCCAAUUCUUGCCCAGGCCGGCUGCAAGUCAAAUGUCAUACAAGUUUAGAUACCCAGUUACACCGAGUAUGGGUCACUUCAUCGUGGAGCUGCAGCCCCCAGCUCAUCUGGCUCGUGAUGUAUACAAACCAAUUAAGAUAUUGUUUCGGUCCAGAGACCUCUACGUCCUGGGAUUCCUCCACGGCAACCUUUGGUGCCUGACCAGGGAUGUUGAAGUGGGAGACAACGACAGGCAGUGGGUUCACUACCUCCCCUUCCAUGGAGGCUAUGGGGACCGAGGGUUGGACUGUGAUCAUUCCACAGUAAAGCUUGGAUCUGAAGGAAUGAUGGACUCCUACCUCGCUCUUUCUCACUACAAUCCAAUGCAUCAGAAUCCAGGACAAGUGAUCCGCGCAGUUCAGACACUUGUGGGGAACAUAUCAGAACCGGCACGUUUUCUCUCUCUGCAAAGACGAGCAAUGAAAGCAUUCAAGGAACAAGAAACUCAGAUGGUCAAGGAGAAAGAAACUCAGAUGGUCAAUGAUGAUAUAAAAGCUGCACCUGACAAUGAGAAGGAUGAACAGCAAGUUUACGGGAAGACAAAAGCUCAUACUGAUUCAAGUGCAAUGUUUACAAAGUGGCAAUCAUUUUGCAACUAUGUCAGAGGGCGUGGUACUUUUUUGCCUUCACCAUGUUGCGGGAUCUAUUCUUUGGAGGAUGUAUUCAGUGAACUUGGCAUAAUGCUGCGGGAUGCGGCGAAUGCCUGAGUACAAGGUUCGGCUUCACAAAUCCUAACCAAUGGAAACAAAACAACACCACCCACUCCUUUGUUAUUUUGUUACCUACUAUGAGUUGCUGAUAGCUAGUGCAGGCCAUGUUUGGCAUACAUAACAUUGCUGAGGGCUGGCUUGUGAAGACUGACACUUUUUGGUACUGUUCGAUCUGCUUAGGUUCAUUUUUUGGGGGUGCUUUGGAACGAACCAUAUAUGUAACUGGAGUGGUCUUUAGCAGAAACAUUGUUGGUCUAGAAUUCAUACACAGAUUAGGCAAUACUUUCUACUGCUGAGGCGUAAGUGCCUUAUUUUUUACUAUUGCUUGC